AUGGCAGGGGCCAACAACAGCUUCUUGGAGGGCUUCAUUCUGAUGGGUGUAUCUGACCAUCCCCAGCUGGAGAUAAUCUUUUUCAUAGUCAUUCUCUUCUCUUACUUGCUGACCUUGGUUGGGAACUCAACUAUUAUCCUGCUUUCCUGCCUGGAUGCCCGACUCCACACCCCCAUGUACUUCUUCCUCAGCAACCUCUCCUCCCUGGACCUUGCUUUUACAACUAGCUCAGUCCCCCAAAUGCUGAUUAACUUAUGGGGACCAGAUAAGACCAUAAGCUAUGGUGGCUGUGUGACCCAGCUCUAUGUUUUCCUCUGGCUAGGGGCCACUGAGUGCAUCCUGCUUGUGGUGAUGGCAUUUGACCGCUAUGUGGCAGUUUGCCGGCCCCUGCAUUACACCACCAUUAUGAACCCUCGGCUUUGCUGGCUGCUGGCUGCCAUUGCAUGGUUGGGUGGCUUGAGCAACUCUGUGAUCCAGUCAACGUUCACUCUGCAGGUCCCAUUAUGUGGACACCGGAGGGUGGACAACUUCCUGUGUGAGGUGCCUGCCAUGAUCAAACUGGCCUGCGGAGACACGAGUCUCAAUGAAGCUGUGCUCAACGGUGUCUGCACCUUCUUCACUGCUGUCCCACUAAGCAUCAUCCUGAUCUCCUACUGCUACAUAGCUCAAGCAGUGCUGAAGAUCCGCUCAGCUGAGGGACAGAGAAAGGCCUUUAAUACAUGCCUCUCCCAUCUGGUGGUGGUAUUCCUCUUCUAUGGCUCAGCUAUCUAUGGGUAUCUCCUUCCAGCUAAGACCAGCAACCAAGACCAGGGCAAAUUCAUUUCCCUCUUCUACUCUGUGGUCACGCCAAUGGUGAAUCCUCUCAUCUACACUCUAAGAAACAAGGAGGUAAAGGGGGCGCUAAGGAGGCUGCUGGGAAAGGGAAGAGAACUUGGCUGAGAGAAGGGAAAACUCCAUCACCAUUUAACUCCUCUUCUUCUUCUACCUUUUCUCAUUCUUGCUCUGGCCUGAUGAAUAUGAGGAGUACCAACCCUAGUACAACCAAG